CAGUGGCCACACCAGUUAGAGACAGAACCAAACAUUUGAAGAACAACAAAUAAUGUAGACAGAUAAGCAAACCAGCUGAACAGUGUUUGGAACACAAACCAACUAGUAAUGUGUGCAUUUAAAAUUGAAAGACUGAGAAAAUUGUUGUUCAGCAGCUAUGCGUCUGGUAGUUUUACAGUUCCUGGCAGGAUUUUUUGGAGCUCUAAGCUCAGUGUUCCUCUUGGGAUCUCUUGGGUCUGAUUACUGGCUUAUAGCAUCUGAAUCUUGUGGAGAUGCUGCUCUUUUCAAAUUAUGGAGAGUCACAAAGGAUAUCUCUCAAGCACAACCAGAAAGUAGCAAUCAGGCUGAAAACUCACUUCUGUUCUACCAUGAGGGUCUUUUUUGGAGAUGUUCCUACCAUAGGGAUUCAAGUGGACAGCAGGGCAGCAUACUGGCUUUUUCAAUAACCAAUCAACCUUGCCAGAAGGUCUGCGUGCCAGCCUACUUGUCUCAUGCUCCAGUUUCUGGACUUCCCAAUAGUGUUCUAACCUCAGACUCUGCCACAGUGCAAAGGGCCUUUUGGUGUGUUAUAUUUGUGCUGGGUGUCAUCUUGGUUGUGACUGGUGGGUUUGUCACAAUUUGUGCAACCCCAGGGACCAGUCAUCGCCUUUAUGAGACUGGAGGGGCUCUCUUUAUAACCGGGGGAAUCUUAAUCAUGUCUGUAGUGAUGCUGUUUGCUGUGUGGGUCCAGGUCUCAGACUCUUUAGAGCGGUAUGGCCUCCAGCGCAGACGCUUAGUAUGCAACAAUCUGCAGCUCAGUGUGCACUAUGGUCCGUCUUUUAUGCUGGCUCCCACUGCUGCCUUCCUCUGCCUGCUUACUGGCCUUUUUCUCCUGCUUAUUCCAUCAGUCAGCAAAGCAUCAGCCAGAGACACAGAGAAUCAGCUAUUCUCACUGCGAGAGGAAUGUGUGUAGAGUUAUGUAAUAUUUUCCUCAAGUAUUUUUUCUGAAUGUGUAGAGUUUUCUGCCCUCCAUAUACAACAAAAGGAGAAUUCAGAGGACAUUUUACAAUGAGAAUAUAAUUGAGAGUAAUCAAAAUUUUAUAACAUUUUCAUUGAAGCAAUAAUUAAAAGUAUCUGGGGGCCACAAGGGGGUGCUACAGGGUUUACAGAAAAGAUUUUGUAACUAUCCAUGAUAAUUUCAUCAGAUAUUUCAAAUAGCUUUUAAAGGUGGGAAUUUUUCACUUUUUUUGUUCUACUGACACCCACAGCUCUGAAAAGCUAUAGUUACCAUUCACUUUCACUGUAUCUAAAAGAGCAAAAUGUAAACCCCCAAAAUUUAGCUAAACUUCUAGUUUUGGGUAGAAGAAAAAAGUGGUAGAAGAAAAAACUGAAUUGUUAUUUGUAUAUUUAUUUAUAUUAUUACCAGAUGCACUAUUUCUUUAUGACUGUUAAAAGGCCAUAAUCAGAUCCAGGUGAACAUUUUUAUCAAGCACUAAAAUAGCAAAAACUGUAAAAACAGCCUAAACACACACACAUACAGUAUUUUUUUUUUUUUUAGUUUUGCAUGUAUUUACAUGUAUAUAUUU